AUGGUUCGUGUGGUGGGCACGCUGCCGCGGCGGCGCCGGCAGGCCAUCGCCAAGGUCUCCGUCUCGGCGCUGGUGGCCGCGCUGCCGCUGCUCUACGUGUCGCUGCUGCGGCCACCUUUGGCCGCCCUGGCGAGGGACACCGCCUUCUGGUUCCUCAUGUCCAACUGCGUCAUCGCUGCCAUCGUCGCCACCACCGACGACGCCGGCGCGCUCUUCUUCGGCUCCUCCAACGACGAUGAUCCUUGUGACGAUCGCAACGACCACGUCUCGCGCGGUCAGCCGGUGGACCGUGGCGUCCAAGAAGAGGUGGCGAGCACGGUGGCCGGCAGCAACCCCGUGGACCUUGUUGCGUCGCCUUUUCUGAUCCAAGCCGAAAGCGGAGAUGCAGCGAACAGGGCACGCACCGACGUGCAGCCGAACCACAUGCAUGUUUCGGUACUUCUGCAGCGAGGUGAGCAACACGAGGCGGCGAUCGAACCACUGUAUUCUCGUCCACCGGACGUGCUGGCACACGGCAAGGGCGGGAGACUCCGGCGGUCGGCGACGGAUGGGAGCAAGUCGGCGGCAGAGGAGAGCGAGUACUGGCAACUGAGCGACGAGGAGCUGAACAAGAGGGUGGAGGAUUUCAUCGCGCGGUUCAACAGGCAGAUGAGGCUACAGAUCGAGCAGGAGGCAGGAGUCUGA